AUGGAGGCGAAGGAUGCUGGGAAGUCGUUGGAAAAAAACGUGUUUUCAAACCAGCUAUUUGGGGAUGACGAUGAGGAGGAUGAGAGUUACAGCAACCAGGGCUUUGGAUUGGGUGGGAAGGGGAGUGUGUGCUACAUGAACCAGCUCUACAUGGAUGAGGAGGAAGAGGAGAGGAGCUGCUUGGCAGCAACAGGGAUUUCAGUUGGCAUCGGCAGCCCGUCUCUGCUGCUCCCAACCACUCUGCAGCCCGUCUCUGCUACUCCCAACCACUCUGCAGCCCGUCUCUGCUACUCCCAACCACUCUGCAGCCCGUCUCUGCUACUCCCAACCACUCUGCAGCCCGUCUCUGCUACUCCCAACCACUCUGCAGCCCGUCUCUGCUACUCCCAACCACUCUGCAGCCCGUCUCUGCUACUCCCAACCACUCUGCAGCCCGUCUCUGCUACUCCCAACCACUCUGCAGCCCGCCUCUGCUACUCCCAACCACUCUGCAGCCCGUCUCUGCUACUCCCAACCACUCUGCAGCCCGUCUCUGCUACUCCCGACCACUCUGCAGCCCGUCUCUGCUACUCCCAACCACUCUGCAGCCCACCUCUGCUACUCCCAACCACUCUGCAGCCCGUCUCUGCUACUCCCAACCACUCUGCAGCCCGCCUCUGCUACUCCCAACCACUCUGCAGCCCGCCUCUGCUACUCCCAACCACUCUGCAGCCCGCCUCUGCUACUCCCAACCACUCUGCAGCCCGCCUCUGCUACUCCCAACCACUCUGCAGCCCGCCUCUGCUACUCCCAACCACUCUGCAGCCCGCCUCUGCUACUCCCAACCACUCUGCAGCCCGCCUCUGCUACUCCCAACCACUCUGCAGCCCGCCUCUGCUACUCCCAACCACUCUGCAGCCCGCCUCUGCUACUCCCAACCACUCUGCAGCCCGCCUCUGCUACUCCCAACCACUCUGCAGCCCACCUCUGCUACUCCCAACCACUCUUGCUGACUUGCUGGGCAGUCCUCGAAGCUGCCUGCCUGCGCUGGAGGGUUUAUACAAAUAG